UUUUAUGAUGGGCAGCGGCAACAAAUGACCACACCGAAUUAGGCCAACACACUGAAUUGUGCGUUCGAGAGCUAGAUAAUGCUGCAGCGUACGCGUUCCUGUGGGCUGCCGGACGAAGAGAAGGGCGCUUGUCUGAACUACUCUACACUGACAUCUCUUGUAAAGCUUUACCCUGAAAGCACACUGCAUCGGAUUGGAAGCAUGUUCAGGUCAAGGAAAAAGAAGUUAAGCAUUUCCAACGACAACCCUUCUUACACUGUUCAGUAUCUUGGAAAUUCAACCACAAUUCAGUCAAAAGGGGACGGAUGUGCAGACGUUGCCAUAAACAAAAUUUGGACCAAGAGCGACAAUGGGAAGCACGGCACGAAAAUGACGCUUACAAUUAGUUCACAAGGUAUUCGCAUGGUGCACACGGACGAGAAGACGAAGAAGCCCGGCCACUUGUACUUAAUGCACAGGAUAACUUACUGUGUCGCUGACACACGUUUUCCAAGGAUAUUUGCAUGGAUUUACAGGCAUGAAAUCAAGCAUAAAGCUGUAAUGCUCCGAUGCCAUGCAGUGCUUGUAUCGAAACCUGAGAAAGCUAAAGCCAUGGCACUUCUCCUGUACCAAACUUCAACUACGGCUCUGGCCGAAUUUCAGAGACUUAAACGAAGAGAGGACGCCAGACACCAGCAACAACUUCUGAUAGGCGAGCAAACAAUCCCGCUGGUCCCCAUGAGGAAACAGAUGAAUGGACAGUGCUACUAUAAACCUCCCGUGGAGCGCAGCAAGAGCGCACCGAAACUCGGCUCCAUCACCGAAGACUCGCUUGGGGAGGAGGAAGAGCAGAGGACGUCUGUACUUUUCGAGUGCGACGAGUUUCUAGACGAAGACUGUUUCGAGGACAGAAAAGAAGAACUGUGUAUGAUCAUUAACGACCUGGGAGAGCUGUGCAUGGGAAACGACCCACACACGCUGAAAACUGACAUGCAAGUGACACGGUUGCUCUCGGGUGAGAGCACGGGGAGCGAAUCUUCCAUCGACAGCAAUCAGGACUUUUGCUCCAUCACAGAUGACUCUGAUGAAUCGUCGGACGACAAAAGUUCAGAAUCUAUGUAGCCUAGGACAGAACUGUUUUGAUCGUUACAUUCAGUAGGCUGCUAAGCGUUUUCCCUGUAUACUGUAGUGUAUUCACACACGAGUAAACUUACAUUUUCAUGUUCAGUAAUAGCCAUAAGCUAUCGAAGACUUUGAAAGGACUUUGGCUAUAUCUUGGAGUUGGCUUCAUGGUCAUCGACCUAAUGUUGUAAGAGGUAUUUAACUGUAUUUAGCAUCCCCUAGACAUUGACCUUCGUGAUGGUCUAUAUUUCAGUCUAGUUAUUGUCUGAUUACUUUAAAUUUGUAUUGUUUUUAUUGUUUCCGUCAGACUUUUCCAAAUAUAUCUUUGCUAUGCAAAAGUUGGAUAGUUCACUCUAAAGCAGACCUACUGUAGGCUACUGCAAGUGAAGUUCCAUGUGCUGGAACUCAUCGUUAUCAGUAGCCAGUUUUCCAUUUCUGUUCUGUAUUGUCAUGUCUGUUGUAUGUGGGAAAUAAAUUCCAAAUCAUUAUGCUGCAAA